UUGCAAGUCAUUAAGAAAAGCUAAUUAACAAGAUUAAAUUAGCUCUGCGACAAUGGCUAGUUGUGGUGGUGCAGUUACUGUUCGUCAUCAUUUGGUUAGCCAAGAAAAGGGUUUCAUCAGUCAAGAAACUAAUGAUAAGGUUGGAGAACUGCAGGAUCAUGGUUUGAAUGUGAAGCCAUCUUUAUCAAACAAUGAGGACUCAAGCAAUAAUAACAAAGAGGAGGAUGUAUUGGAGUCUGCAAAAGCCGAAAUGGGAGAAGUGAGGGAAGAAAACGAGAGACUGAAAAUGAUGUUACAACAAGUAGAGAAAGAUUACCAAUCACUUAAAUUACGUUUCUUUGACAUUCUUCGAAAAGAAACUUGCAAGAACACAGCAGAAUCUCCAUUGGGUUGCGAAACCGAAGAAUCUCAUGAGCUUGUAUCACUUUCUCUAGGAAGAAGUACUCCAAGUGAGCCUAAAAAAGAUGAGAAAAAUAGUAACCCCAGCAAAACUAAUAAUCAUGAUACAGAAAAUGAAGACUUGAAGGCUACCUUAACCCUUGGCUUAUCAGACACUAGUUCAAAAUUUCAUAUGUCUAAUGAGCCUGUGUCUAGUAAUCCAAGCCCUGAAAAUAGUGUAGAAGAAGAACAAGCAGGGGGAGAAACAUGGCCACCAAGUAAGAUUAAUACAAAGAGAAACACAAUUGAUGAUGAGGCUGCACAGCAAAGUAAUGCGAAAAGAGCUAGGGUUUGUGUAAGAGCUAGAUGUGAUACUCCUACGAUGAAUGAUGGAUGCCAAUGGAGGAAAUAUGGACAAAAGAUUGCAAAAGGAAAUCCAUGUCCACGUGCAUAUUAUCGCUGCACAGUGGCACCAGCCUGCCCUGUAAGAAAACAGGUACAAAGAUGUGCAGAAGACAUGUCAAUCUUGAUUACAACCUAUGAAGGAACACACAACCACCCACUUCCUGUUUCAGCCACAGCCAUGGCCUCCACAACCUCAGCGGCUGCUUCCAUGUUAUUAUCAGGCUCUUCUUCUUCCUCAUCACAUCAAGGCCUAAUUAGUUCUCAAAUUCCUUUAACUUCUACUUCUCAAUAUAACCAACUCAAUGGAUUAAACUUCAGUAAUGCUGUUUAUGACAGUUCAAGAACAAAACAAAUUUAUUUAGCAAACCCUAAUUCCUGUCCUCUUUUCCCAACCAUUACUUUAGACCUAACUUCCUCAGGAGGAUUCUCUUCCACCUCUAAAUUUCCUGCAACAAGUCUUAACUUUUCUUCAUCAGAAUCUAACCUAUCAGCAAUAUGGGGAAAUGCGUAUCAAAAUUAUGGAUCCUUAAAUUCCACAAAUAAACAACAAUUGUCUCAGUUACCCUAUAUGGAAAAUAAUCAACAGGCAUUAACAGAAACCCUAACUAAGGCAAUAACAUCGGAUCCGAGUUUUCGGACAGUUAUAGCUGCAGCUAUAUCAUCAAUGAUGGGUAGUAGUUCCAGUGUAAGUCCAAGUUCAAGCUCAAGUCAGUUAGGUGAGGCUAAUGGAAAAGGUUGCGGCUCAAGUUAUUUCAGUGGAUUGUCUUCUUCAAGUUCUCAAAUGGGAAAUAUUCUUCAAUCUUCUUCUUCAUUGCCUUUUUCAAUCUUUAACAGUGCUUCUAUGCCUGCUAAUGUUAAAAAGGAUCAGAAGAGCUGAUAAAUUAAAGUACUAUAUUAUACAUAGUAGCAGUUAAUUAAAGUACAAGAAAGUGGCAUAUAAGAAAUUAGCAGGAAAGGUUGAUUGCUGUUUUCUUCUCUUUAAUUGAUAUGCUAUUUUGCUUUUGGGUUUUUGGAUGUUAAUUAAUUAAAUUAUGUUUACCAAUUAGAUUCCACAAAAAAUAUCUAAGUGUAC